GCCCUGCCGCGUCCCGAGGCCCGCGCUCGGCGGAGCCGGAGGGGUGAGCGGAAGUGUGCGUGAGAAUUUGGUGUGGCCACGGCCACGUCCCCGGAGCGAGGCCAAGGGUGACAGGCGUCGAGAAAGCCUUCGGGCGGCGCAGCACAGCCGCGGGCAAGGAAAAGAAGGAGGUCGAUUCCAAACCCAAGAACCUGGAUGAACAGGAAAUUCCAUUCCGGCUCCGGGAGAUCAUGAGAAGCCGUCAGGAUAUGAAAAACCCGAUCAGUAACAAGAGGAGGAGGAAGGAGGCCCAGGUGGCCUUCAGGAAGACAUUAGAGAAGGAGGCAAAGGGAGUGGACCCAGACAUCGCGGUCCCCAAGUUCCAGCAGGGGAAGGGGGAGUCCGACAGGGCCUACAUCCAGCGCAUGGAGCAAGAGGCCCAGCACGUGCUGUUCCUUAGCAAGAACCAGGCCAGCCGGCAGCCCGAGGUUCAGGCCCCGUCCACGAGGGAGAAGUCUGAGCGCAAGAAAGCGUUCCAGAGGCGGCGGCAGGAUCGAGUCCAGCGGAAGAAGGCGGAGAGGGCGGCAGAGAGGCUGGAGCAGGAGCUGCUCCGAGACCCGGUGCAGUUUGGGGAGGUCGCCCUGCAGCCCCCAGAGCUGACCACCACGCCCAGGACAAGCACCAGUAGGGACCAGCCUGGCAGGAGGUCGCUGGUGCUAAGGGCGUUAUUGAGGCCCAGAGGAUCACGGCCCCUGACCCCGUCGCUGGCCCGACAGCGCAUUGUGGAGGAGGAGCGGCUGCGUGCAGUGCAGGCCUACAGGGCACUGAGGAGGCUGGGGCAGCAGCGUGGACAGUUGGAGGUGCACCUGUGACGCAGGUCCUCACCCUGGACAGCAGCCCCUGGGGUUCCUACCCACACUUAGCAUGGGACGGCCUCCUGGUCUUGCCUUUCGGUCCCUGAGGUCUGCUAUUUCAUGGGGGGGUGGUCAUCCAGGGCCCACAUCUUGCUUGGGGCAGGUGCCAUGUGGCCCUUGCCUGGAACAUAGCCAGUGGGCCUGGUGCCUGCUGUCCCGAGUCUAGUGUCACUCAGGCUUCAUGACAAAACAGUUUCCAGGCUGAGACACCACAGGGCCACUUUAGGGAGGACCCACUUCCCUAACCCUGUCCCUAAACGCCAAUGAAUUCCUGGAGCUGACACUGGAUUCAGUGUUGCAGCAUGAAGAGGCUGCUAAGAGCAAGCCGGGCAGGGUGGGAUGGCUGGCCACUACGAGUAGCAGCUGGGGCCGGGCCUUGCAGGCUGGCCAUGGAGUGACGGACAGGGCAGGGCACCAGCGAGUGACAGCUGGGCUGCCAGCCACUAGAGCGAGGGCCAGGGCAGGCUGGUGGCAUCAUCUAGUCCACCUGGGGAGCUUCAGGCCAUGGGCACUGACGCAGGUCAGUUGCCAGUGUCCCUGCAGAGGCCGGUGGAUCCCAGCCAGGGCUGGGCUCAGGUGCAGACAGGGCAGCACACACCCAGAGGGAGGGUAGGGAAUGGGCUGGCCUGGGGCUGCUAUCUGGGGGGCCUGCAUCUCUGGUGGAGCUGGUGCUCAAGGCAACUGACAACUGACAGCCAAGUGCCUGCAGCAAGUGAGGGGAAUCGCCCCUGCUGUGCAGCCCCUGCUGUGGUGCUCAGUGCUGCGCCCAGGGACCCGGGGAUACUGUCCGCUGUGAGCCAGCGAGACCGUGUAGUCCCUGCAAGUAUGAAGUGGCAGAGCUGCCCGUUUUUGCCUUUGCCUUUUAAGUGUAAGGCUUUUAAUAAACCAUUAAAAUGGGACGCCCUUUAAAAAAAGUA